GUGGAGGGUUGUGAAAGGCCGCUAAGAAGCAGCUUGAAAAACAUUUGAGAACUCAUAUGCAUGAUCUUAACUGUUUCGUAAUAAACGUAGGUCAUCAUUGAGAUUAGAUGUGAGAUAAGAUUGUCUGGAAGAAAACUAUGAUAUUAUCAGCUGGGACUAAUCAUUUGCUCACGAGACAUGAGACAUCUAGUCUAAGGGCAAACCCUAUGUAUCUGAGAGGAAAAUUAGAAAUCUUGUCGUUCAGUAUAUUGGCAGAUUUGCGAUAAUUUGAAUUUUCAAGACCCAACAUCACUAUCUAUUUUUCGACCAGAUACUCUAAAAUCAUACAGUACUUUCAGAUUUACCAAUUAUUGUUCUUUGAUCUCACAAAACACAUAGAAUCAUCCUCUUAUUUCAUUGAUCAUGUUACUAGAGGAUCUGCACGGCCCAAACUUAUCUGACCUUGCCUGAUCUUAGUAUUGUGCAAAACAUGUCAAGCUCAAGAAGAAACAGCAGAAAGAUCAGUUCUUCAUGGCAAACCAUUAAUCCUUAUUUUGUUAGAUGAGUAGCUUCUCUUUUGAAUGUAGAUAACUUUCUUGAACUCCUUGAAUUACUGGUCAAAUUCCUGCUAUAGGCAUUAAUUAGAUAUUUGGACUUCUUCUGACACUAUAGAUCAUUACAGUGUCUGUAACUGUAAAUAAAUUUUCUCUCAAUAUGUCACUCAAACUUCGUAGCUAUUUUGUUUCUUUUUUUGGCUGUAAUCUUUACAUGUUUCCAUAGUAUCUUUUUAUGUAUUUCAAUGUCAUUUGUGCAAAUAUGUUUUUUGUUUACAAAUUAAUUAAUGUGACAAAAAAUUGUAGCUUAAGGAGAUGGGUGGAAAUGGUAGCCUAACCAGAGGCGAAGAAGCUGCUGAUGCUAGCAAGGUAUCUGAUCAAUCAGCUGAAAGGAAAAAAAGUUUGGUGGACUGGAUGAACUUGAUUAAACCUGCUAAUGGGGAGAAAGAUCGCUGGGUUCCGGAUGAAGCUGUUAGCAAAUGCACAUCACGUGGAUCAGAUUUUGGAGCUUUCAAUCGCAGGCAUCAUUGCAGGAAUUGUGGCGAUAUUUUCUGCGACAAGUGCACAAAGGGUAGAAUUGCUCUCACUGCAGAAGAAAAUGCUCAGCAAGUCUGAGUUUGUGAUAGAUGCAUGGCAAAAGUUUCUCAACGCUUAAGCAAUGCAAAAAAAGCUGUCAGCAAACCUGCCGGUCUGCAAAGUCAUGAAGAUCUUGUGCGAAGGCUUCAGGAGGAAUUGAACAAGAAUCGUAAGUCGGGUUCAAAUUUUGAUGAGUCUUGGAAGCCAAUGAGGGAAGUAGCAUGUCCCAUCUGCACAGUCCACCUUCAGGUGCAAGUUCCUGCCUCAGGCUCCCAAACAAUCGAAUGUGGUGUCUGUCAACACCCUUUCUUGGUCAGUGCUGAUUGAUAUCUGAUUUCGCCUUGCCAUGCCAUUGCAAUUUCUAUCCUCCUAUAAUUCUCUUUGACAAGCAGUAGCAUCGCACAUGCUCUCUGCGGUCACCUUGGUUGUAUACCCAAGUUGCCUGCAUUUUUGUAAGUGAACUUUCGUAAGCAUUCACCUCAUAAAAGGUCAAGUGUGGAAGCUAUGUUUUCCGAUUGUAGUGUGUAGAUGAAAACCAGGAACUGGAUGAGCGAAUAAAUAGUAAUGCUUGUAAUGACUGUUGGUGUGCAAAACUUGUUUGGUGACCACAUAGAUUUGUUGGUAGGAAUUGCUUUUGGGCACAGUUCGUGGCUACUAUGGCG